AUGGCUCGUACGAAGCAAACCGCUAGGAAAUCCACCGGAGGAAAAGCUCCCAGGAAGCAGCUUGCCACUAAGGCGGCGAGGAAAUCUGCUCCGACCACCGGAGGAGUCAAGAAGCCUCAUCGUUACAAGCCCGGAACCGUCGCUCUUCGUGAGAUUCGUAAGUACCAGAAGAGCACUGAAUUGCUUAUCCGUAAGCUUCCCUUCCAGCGUCUCGUUCGUGAAAUCGCCCAAGACUUCAAGACGGAUCUUAGGUUCCAGAGCCACGCGGUCUUGGCACUUCAAGAGGCGGCUGAAGCUUAUCUGGUUGGAUUGUUCGAGGAUACUAACCUUUGUGCGAUUCAUGCGAAGAGGGUUACGAUCAUGCCUAAGGAUAUUCAGCUUGCGAGGAGGAUUCGUGGAGAACGUGCUUAA